AGCCCUGCCACAAUCUCUAUCCCCAGUUUUGGCAUAAUGGCUUUCCUUCCUGCCUUGGCCUUCAUACUAGUUGGCUGCUUUUCUGUUUCUUUAGCAGAAGCAUCCAAUCUCUCAGAUCUGUAUCCCCCGCUGUGGAAGGAGAGUCCUGGUCAGUUCAGUGACUACAGGAUGGAGAAUGGAAAGUACGUUAUUGACCCUUGGGUAUACCCUGAGAGGAUUGGGAUAUACAAAAUCCUACUGAGCCAGACAGCCAGAUAUUUUGAAAAAUUUGCUCCAGGAAAUGAACAAAAUGUAUUGUGGGGGUUGCCUCUGCAGCAUGGCUGGCAAUAUAGUACAGGCAGAUUAGCUGAUCCCAGCCACAGGACAGACUGUGGCUAUGAAUCUGGAGAUCAUUCGUGCAUCUCUGUGGACAGCUGGUGGGCUGACAUGAAUUACUUUCUCUGUGCAUUACCCUUCUUUGCUGCGGUUGAUUCUGGCAUAAUGGGGAUAUCACCAGACCAAGUCAUGCUUUUGCCACCACCCAAGGAUCAGAAGAAUUUUUGUCUUACUGUUGCUACUUGUCGGUCAUCCUUCCCUGAGAUGAUGAGAAAGUGGAAUGCCUUCUACCAGCACUUGAAGUUACCUUCUAGUAGCUUUGAGGACUUGUUGAAGUACUUAUGGGCUGCACAUUCCUUCACCUUGGAAAGUCUUCACAAAACAUUUGAAGAUAGGUUGGAAUAUUAUUCUAAACCAGAAGCACGUUUUGGAAAAAGUUGGACUGAGGCUGUAAAAUAUAUAGCUGUAGUCCGGUUUCCUACAAAUUUGACUUUAACACAUGAAUUCCAGAAGUGUCUGCCACCGCGAAUGCUUGUUAAUGGGGACAGAGCCCCUUUCGUCAGUGACUUUACUGAACUUCAGAAUGGAGUCCUCUUUGGUUUAAAUCUUCUUUAUGAAGUGGAUAACUCUACAGGGUCAUUAUCUUUGACUAUAUGGAAAAUUUUAAUGAGGACACAAGCUGCAAGAAAGUUAGUUCUAGAGGUUUUAAAAAUAAUUCUUGAAAACUACAAUUCAACAUUUUUUGGAAAUGAUUAAUAAAUUAACAAUGAACAAUUCUAAUUUGUGGCACAACAGCAAUUUCAAAAUUUAACAUGAUCGUAACCAUAUAGUUUUCUUGUUUCUGUUGUUUUUGAUUUAUGCUCAUUUGUUAGGAUUUUGUCCAUGCAUUCCUAAUUUUAAAUUCAAAUUAAUGCUAUGAGUAUUUUGCUCAAUUAAUAAUUCUUGACUUUUAAAUUUAUCAAUAUAAAAUGUUUAAGAUCUAAAGAAGAUUGUAUUAAGCUAUUAUAAAAUACUG